AUGGCAUCACAGAAAGCGGUCGUCAUUACUUCACCCAAGCAUGCGCAGGUAGUGGGCGAUAGAGCCAUUCCGAAGCUGCGCGAUGAUUCUAUUUUAGUCAAGACCGUCAGUGUCGCACUGAAUCCUACCGACUGGAAACACAUUGACUUUCUCGCUCCUGCCGGUGUCCUCAUUGGGUGUGAUUAUGCCGGAAUUGUGGAAGCAGUCGGCAAAAACGUUAAGAAAUCGUUCAUUAAAGGAGACCGGAUCUGUGGAUUUGUACACGGGUCUAAUGCCGUUCAACCCGAGGAGGGAGCCUUUGCCGAGUACAUUAUCGUCGAAGGAGACCUUCAAUACAAAAUACCUGAUGGCAUGGGAUUUGGAGAGGCGGCGACUUUAGGUCUCGGAGUUACCACCGCCGCUCUUGGUCUUUAUCAAAGUCUCAGACUCACUCUUCCCGUCGCUCCAACCCGGAGCAAAAUACCCAUAUUGGUGUAUGGAGGCUCUACUGCUACCGGAGCUUUAGCGAUUCAGUUUGCGAAGUUAUCAGGUUAUGAGGUUUUGACAACCUGCUCCCCUCGCCAUUUCGACCGGGUCAAGAAUCUGGGUGCCGACGCUAUUUUCGACUACAACGACCCAACCUCCGCCAGGGCGAUUAGAGAGCAAACGAAUGACAACCUUACGUUAGCUUUUGAUACAGUAUCAGUGGAGAGCAGUGCCACAUACUGUGAUCAUGCGCUAUCGACCAAGGGCGGCGACUACAGCUCACUCCUGCCAAUAAAGACCGCGCGUGACAAUAUUCGAGACCGAUCCACUAUGGCCUAUACGGCGUUUGGUCGGAGUUUCCAGUUCGGGCCAAGAGAGAUUCCGGCUCAACCAGGCGACAGGGCCUUUAUGGAACAGUUCACUGGCAUUUUCCAAGACUUGCUAACCAGUGGCAAGAUUAAGACACAUCCUCCUAGGGUUGGUAAUGCCGGGCUAAAUGGCAUCUUGGAUGGACUUCAGCUCUUAAGGGACGGCAAGGUUAGUGGGGAGAAGCUUGUUUAUAAUGUCAUAGACACUCUUUGA